AAAUCGUUCUUUCUCUUGCCAGCCUUUAGAAACUUGGCCUCACCAUUUGUGCUGGUUGAGGAAGAAGAAGAAGAAGAAUUGUUCAGUAUGAGCAGCUGGAGGAGUCUUCUGCUGCGUAUCGGGGAGAAGUGCCCAGAAUACAGUGGAAAUGUUGAUUUCAAAGAUCACAUUGACACAUGCUCCGGUGUUGUUCGUCGAGAGUUGGAUCACUAUAAAGAUGAUAUUUUGAGCUUCCUUAUUCAGUGUGCUGAACAACUGCCGCACAAGAUUCCAUUUUAUGGGACAGUGCUUGGUUUGCUGAACUUGGAGAACGAGAAUUUUGUCAAAAAUGUGCUGGAGUCCAUUCAAAACAAUUUGCAGGAGGCUCUGUACGUGGAAGAUUGUAACAGGGUUCGUAUAUUGAUGCGGUUCCUUACUGUAUUGAUGUGCAACAACGUUCUUCAACCAAGUUCUUUAGUGGUUGUCUAUGAAACCCUAUUGUCAUCUGCAGCAAUAACUAUAGAUGAGGAGAAGGGAAAUCCCUCCUGGCAAGCACGUGCUGAUUUUUACAUAGCUUGUAUUUUGUCCAGCCUACCUUGGGGAGGAGCUGAAUUAGUUGAGCAACUUCCUGAGGAGUUUGAGCGGGUUAUGGUCGGAAUAGAAGCCUAUUUAAGAAUAAGAAGACAUGUAUCUGACAUUGGUUUCUGUGUGUUCGAGGAUGUAAUCAAUAGUGACAAAUUGAUUACUGAUCAGGAUUUUCUAGAAGAUUUAUGGGUUAGAAUCGAAGAGCUUUCAAACAAAGGAUGGAAACCUGACAGUGUUCCCAGGCCCCAUCUUGCUUUUGAGGCCCAAUUGGUUGCUGGGAAAUCUCACGAUAUUGGUCCAAUCAGCUGUCCUGAGCAACCAGGCCCACCCGAAGUACCAUCUCUUAUCAUCUCUGGCAAGCAAAAGCAUGAGGCGGAGUUCAAGUAUCCUCAGCGGAUAAGGCGGCUCAACAUCUUUCCUGCUGAUAGAAUAGAGGAUCUACAACCUAUAGAUCGAUUUGUUGUGGAAGAAUAUUUACUGGAUGUCCUAUUCUACCUAAAUGGCUGUCGAAAGGAAUGUGCGGCAUACAUGGUUGGUUUGCCUGUGCCUUUCAGAUAUGAGCAUCUUAUGGCUGAAACUAUAUUCUCUCAGCUACUCUUAUUACCUAAUCCUCCAUUCAAGCCAAUGUAUUACACAUUGGUUAUUAUGGAUCUCUGUAAGGCUCUUCCGGGUGCCUUCCCAGCAGUUGUUGCAGGUGCUGUACGUGCCCUGUUUGAUAAGAUAGCUGAUCUGGACAUGGAAUGCAGAACACGACUCAUCCUUUGGUUUUCGCUUCAUUUAUCAAACUUUCAAUUCAUUUGGCCUUGGGAAGAAUGGGCUUUUGUGCUGGACCUUCCGAAAUGGGCACCACAGCGUGUUUUUGUUCAGGAGGUUCUUGAAAGGGAAACUCGUUUAUCAUACUGGGACAAAGUUAAGCAGAGCAUCGAGAAUGCCCCUGCGUUAGAGGAGCUACUUCCGCCAAAGGGUGGUCUGAACUUCAAAUACAGUGCAGAGGACACUGAAAAUAGUACUGAAUUUGCAGUUAGUGUGGAACUCAGAGGCAUGGUGAAAGGGAAGAAAACUGUUCGCGAGAUAAUUGUUUGGAUCGAAGAAAGUUUAAUUCCCGUUCACGGUUUUGAAACAACACUCAGAGUAAUUGUGCAGACCCUUCUAGACUUUGGAUCAAAGAGCUUUACACAUUUGAUCACUGUCUUGGAGAGGUAUGGCCAAACAAUUGGAAGGAUGUGCGACGAUGAGGAUAAGCAGAUCAUGCUGAUAAAUGAAGUGAGCUCUUGUUGGAAAAACAGUUCACAGAUGACAGCUUUAGCAAUUGAUCGAAUGAUGGGUUAUCGUCUGAUCUCAAAUCUAGCCAUUGUGAGAUGGAUCUUUUCUCCUGUAAACAUUGAGCAGUUUCACAUCUCUGAUCGUCCAUGGGAGAUACUCCAGAAUGCUGUUAAUAAGACAUACAAUCGUAUCUCUGAUCUGAGAAAAGAGAUUUCAAACCUGAAAAAGGUUAUUGUAUCUGUUUCAAUGGUUGCAACGAAGGCUAAGGCUGAGUUACAGGCUGCAGAGUCGAAGAUUACCCUAGUGGAUGGUGAACCUGUUCUUGGAGAAAACACUGGAAGAAUGAAACGUCUGAAAGUUAUUGCUGAUAAGGCAAUAAUGGAGGAGGUAGCCGUUCAAGAAUCAUUGGCAUCAAAGGAGGUUCUCAUUUCACAAGCCUUUUCUGAAAAUGAGACAUUAUUCCUCAGCUUAUUCAAAAGUUUCUCGACAGUUUUGAUGGGACGCUUAAAUGAGGAGACAUUUCAAGGCAGCACAAAGCGGCCAUCCAGUCAGGCAGAUGGAAUGUCCAUUGAUCUUGAGGAAGGUUCAUCUGCAAUGGAAUUGGACAAGGAGAAAACGGAACCCAAUAAAAGCGAUCCAACUGGAGAAAAAUCUGGCAGCAGCUCUUAUGAGAUUUCUGAAAAUGAGCAAUGGUGUUUAACGACGCUGGGUUAUUUGAAGGCAAUUACACGCCAAUAUGCUUCUGAGAUAUGGAAUUAUGUUGACAAGCUGGAAGCGGAGGUGCUAACAGAAGAUGUUCAUCCUCUUUUCCGAAAAGCUGUCUAUUCUGGAUUAGGUCGGCUUUGAACAAACUAUAUUAUAUAAUGCUUAAAUCUUUACUUUUCAUAGAAAACUUUCUUAACUAUGGUGGUAAGAGGUCUCAGGGCAGUGAAGUUCAGUUAGAUGUAACAAUUUUCUGUACUCUACCAGGCAGAGAUCAGUUAGUUUGUGUAUCACUUGUAUUUUAAACUAAAAGCCAACCUUCUAUAGCAUUGUUGCAAAAGGAUGGUUGAUGAGUUUUUAUUU